AUGAUUUCAAAAAUAUUUUCAAAACGAUGGCAAAGUGGUUUAAAACAACUACGUUAUUUUUCAUCUGAUAAGGUUACAUUUUAUGGUAAAGGUCAACCAUGUUUAGGAAUCCGUAGAGAAACAAUAAAUGCAUGGGAACGUAGAGCUCCAUUAGAUCCACAUCAUGUUAAUAAAUUAACUAAAUCAGGAAUAAAAGUACUUAUUCAACCAUCUAAUAGAAGAGCAUUUCCAAUACAAGAUUAUCAAUCUGCUGGAGCUAUUGUUAAAGAAGAUUUAGCAGAAGCUCAUUUAAUUGUUUCUGUUAAACAAGUUCCUAUAGAUCAAUUAAUUCCUAAUAAAACAUAUGCAUUCUUUUCUCAUACAAUAAAGGCACAACCUGAUAACAUGCAAAUGCUUGAUACUAUCCUUCAAAGGAAGAUUAGAUUAAUUGACUAUGAAAAAAUUGUUGAUGAAACUGGUAAACGUGUUGUAAUGUUUGGAAAAUGGGCUGGAUAUGCUGGUUUCAUUGAUAUUCUUCAUGGACUUGGAUUAAGACUUUUAGCAUUAGGACAUCAUACACCAUUUCUUCAUAUUGGUUUAGCACAUAAUUAUAAUAGUUCACAUAUGGCUAUAAAUGCUGUAAGAGAUUGUGGUUAUGAAAUUGCAUUAAAUAGAUUACCACACUCAUUAGGACCAUUAACUUUUGUUUUUACUGGUUCAGGAAAUGUUUCACAAGGUGCACAAGAUUUAUUCAAACAUCUUCCACAUGAAUUUGUUGAUGUUAAAACACUUCCAGAGGUUGCAAAAAAAGGACAAAGAAAUAAAGUUUAUGGUUGUGUUAUUGGUAGAUCAGAACAUAUGAUGAGAAAAGAUGGAAGACCAUUUGAUGAAGCUGAUUAUAUUAAAAAUCCUCGUCAAUAUAUUUCUAAAUUUUCUACAGAAAUUGCACCAUAUGCAAAUGUUAUAAUUAAUGGUGUAUAUUGGGAUGUUGAUACUCCACGUCUUAUUACAAUACCAGAUGCAAAAAAUUUAUUAUCACCUAGAAAAACUAAUGUUGAUGUUCCAGGAUGUCCAACAUUACCACAUAAACUUACUGCAAUUUGUGAUAUCUCAGCUGAUCCAGGUGGUUCAAUUGAAUUCAUGCAAGAAUGUACAACAAUUGAUAAACCAUUUGUUAUGUAUGAUGCUGAUUUUAAUAAAACAGCAAAUACUUUUGAUUCACCAUCAGGUUGCCUUGUAUGUAGUAUUGAUAAUAUGCCAGCCCAAAUGCCUAUUGAAGCAACAUCAAUGUUUGGUGAUUUAUUAACACCAUAUAUUAUGGAAAUGAUCAACUGUACAACUGACAUUCCUUUCGAUCAAUUAAAUGUGUCAAAUACAAUUAAAAACGCUAUAAUAACUGAUAAUGGAAAUUAUACACCAGAUUAUGAAUAUAUUAAAUAUCUUAGAGAAGAAAAAACAAGACUUGCUCGUAGACGUCCAAUUACAGCAAUGAAUGGAAAAAAAAUUCUUCUUCUUGGUGCUGGAAUGGUUUCUGAUCCAUUUGCUGCAUAUUUUGCUAAACAAGAUGAUAUAAAUGUUACUGUAGGUACACAAUCACAAAAUGAUGGUGAUAGAUUAAGUAAAUAUGGAUCUAAUAUUGAAUCAAUAGUUAUUGAUGCUACAAAAGAAGAAGAUACAUUAUCUAAAUUAAUUGGAGAACAUGAUUUAGUUGUAUCACUUCUUCCAUAUACUUUUCAUGCAGAUAUAGCUAAAAAUUGUAUAAAAAAUAAAACAAAUCUUGUAACAAGUAGUUAUAUAAGUCCUGAAAUGCAAGCACUUGAAGAUGAUGCUAUUAAUGCUGGAAUAACAAUAAUGAUGGAAUCAGGUUUAGAUCCUGGUAUUGAUCAUAUGUUAGCUAUGGAAUGUAUUGAUCAAGUUCAUGAACAUGGUGGUAAAAUUAAAUCAUUUGUCUCAUUUUGUGGUGGUUUACCAGCUCCACAAUUUUCUGAUAAUGCUUUAAGAUACAAAUUUAGUUGGAGUCCAAGAGGUGUUCUUAUGGCUUUAAUGAAUCCAGCACGUUAUUUAUAUAAUGGUGAUAUAAUUGAUCUUGAAGCAGAUGGUGGAGUACUUAAUCAAUUAUAUCCAAUUGAUUUUAUGCCUGGUUUUAAUCUUAUUGGAUAUGCUAAUAGAGAUUCCACAAAAUAUGUUUCUAUUUAUGGUAUUCAAAAUGAAUGUUAUACAAUGCUUCGUGGAACAUUAAGAUAUAAAGGUUUUGAAGAUACAAUAAAAGCUCUUAAAAUACUUGGAUUACUUGAUACAUCUGAUAAAGACUUUUUAGAUCCAAAUAAUGGUCCAGAUGUUACAUGGAAACAAGUAAUGGCUAUUUUACUAAAUCAACAACCAGAUAUUUUCCCUGAUUCAGUAAAAAAUAUAGCAAAAGAUUUAUUAAAAAAUGAAUCAUAUGAUAUAUCAUUAUUAGAACAACUUGGACUAUUUUCUGAUAAUAUUAUUGCAGAAAAAAUGAGAAAUCCAUUAGAUACAUUAGUAGGACAUCUUUCAAAAGUUUUAUCAUUCAAAAAGAAUGAACAGGAUCUUGUUAUACUUAAUCAUGAUAUUGGUGCUGAAAUGCCAAAUGGAAAAUAUGCUAAACAUAGAAUUUCUUUAACAGCUUAUGGUGAAACAAAUGGACAUUCUGCCAUGGCUAAAACUGUUGGUUAUACAACAGCUAUCGUUUCUCAUAUGGUUAUUAAUGGAGAAAUUCAGAAGAAAGGUCUUGUGAGACCUGUUACAAAAGAUAUUUACAGACCAGCAUUGAAACGUUUGGAAGAUUUAAAUAUUAAAGCAACAUCCCAAAUCAUUUAUCAACGUCGUUUAUAA